UAUGACUAUAAUCACUUUAUUAUAUAUAAAAGACCGAAAGUCACACUAAAGUUAGUAGUUACAGUUUACGAUCAGUCUGGACAUCAGCAUAACUGCGCGAAAAAAUUAUCAUCAUGAACUCUUCAUUUUACGUAGUUUUGGCGGUUGUAUUGGUAGCUGUGGCGAUAGCCGACGACGCCAGAAGUAAAAAAGAAGCCAUUUACAAUCCUUAUGGUCAAAUCACAGAUGCCAACAAGUAUUUAGCUACCGCCGGAUACAAUAAUUACAACAACUAUCAACAAGUGCCUUACAACAAUUAUCAACCGGCGGCGUAUUCGGCGUACAACCAACAGUACUACCAACAACAACAGCCGCACCAGCGUGUCGGUGGUUAUCCGUACAACGGCGACAUUGCAACAGGCUACAACCACCAACAGCACUACAACCAGUACAACAACUACCCGUACAGCGGUUACCAGCAGUACAGCGGCUACCAACAGUACCCGUACAACGGUAACCAACAGUACCAGUACACCAGUAACCAGCAGUACGGCGCUUACCAGCAACAGUACCCGUACAACGGUUACCAAAACGCGUACGGCUACCAACAGAAUCCGUUCGGCUACAACAGCGCGUACAACUUCAAUCAUGUUCUCCGACAGGCGCCCGCUUACCCGAGUUCCGGUGCUCAGGCCAUCAGCCCACCGGUGCCACAUCCGUUCUAUCACGUACAAGGGACGUAUUACCCGACCACGACCGAAGUUAACAAACCACCUGCGGCCGUUGUCACAGAAGGACCGAAAAAAACAUACAAAUGAAAAGAUCGAAAAACUUCCGGAUAGUAUGAUGUCACAUGUUAUUAUAAUGGUAUCAUUAUAA